AUGUGGAUCAAUAAUGAGGUUGUCCCUCUGCAGCGGCAACACAGCUUCUACCUUGAGCACGGUGACUAUCUUCGCAUAGCCAUACCGCCCCUGCCUUCCGCAGAUGCAGCAACAUCCACACGAACAUGUGUCAGCCAAUCGAGGCCAAGAAGCCACCGACUACGACGCCAAGCAGUCGACCUUCGAGCCCGACUCAGUCAUGAAACCGGCAUGACAGAUGUGGAUGCUUAUGACCAACCCAGUCGACGUACUGAGCCAGCAGAUGAUGACUUUUCUUUGAUCCAAUACGACAUUGGUCAGUUUCGGGCACUUUUGCCGACCACCAAUCACAUGUUGGCCACUGAGACCGCCACCUUAGUCAGCAACUCGCAUUGUGACAGAUCCUAUGCCAAGAUUGUCGCCAAACUUGACGAUGCGCCAACAGAACAGGUUCAGCAAGCUCGUGACCAUCUGUUGAGGCGUGAUCCAUUACAAGUGCAACUUGCUGGACAACCGGAGUUUAUUGGAGAACUCCUCCAAGUUGUCACACAAAGACUCCCGCACUUUGGCACAACUUUGUCAAAUGCCAUCUUUGUUGAAACUUGGUUCAGUGAUCAUGUCAGGCGUCCUCACAGUGGCAUUGGACGAGUGGUUCGACUAGAAGCUGACUUUCGCACUUGGUAUACAGCCAUUGUCAUGGCAUGGGAAGAUCACAUUGACCCAUUCCAAGCUCUGGCUUGCUACAUAGCAGAUCCUCAACCUGAUGGAGGUGAUCCUGAGGUCAUGGUGCAUUUGGUCAUGGUUCAACAAGCGCAACCAAACAGAGUCACGACUUUGGUCUCCAUCUCUGACACAGCAGAGGACCCGUGGCACCCGAGAUUGAUGUGCCUGACCCUUUCUCAGACUCAUCUUCGCCAAGAUCUUUUGGAUCUGGUUGAUCUCGAUCACCGGUGUGCGACAUCUUCCCCAGAUGUUCAAUGUCGAAUGUGGUGGCAUGAGCAUGAAAUUACACCUGCGUGGCAUGAACCGCUUCCACAAGCAGCCACCUUGUUGUUCUCUGUUCAACAUGCAAUUCCUUGGCACCAGCCGGCCCCUCAUUCGACAGAUGAUGAGGAUGAAGCCUUCAAUCUUUUGCAAACAAAGUGCCAACGCAAGCAGCUAAGAUUGGAUGAUUUAGUUGAGUCUUGUGUCACACCAAGCUGGGUCAAAGUGAACUGCCACAAAGCCAUUUUCCUACGACAACAGUUGCGAAACUGGCAGCCAGUCACUUCAACAUAUGCAUGGGAUCACAUUGCAUGGCGCCAAUCUACCAGGCAAGCUCUGCAAGACAUGGUCUGUUGGACUGAUGAAUUUCCUCUUGGCUUCUCUUUCUAUACAGAUGGGUCGGCCAAAAGAGGAUCUACCCAAGCUACAUCGGCAGUGGUCUUGCUUGUGCACACUGACUCUGGCCUUCGGUGGGGUGGCUAUUUAACCACACCUUGCAUCGGCACACACACAGCGCCUCGAGCAGAAGCCACAGCUUUGCUGCUUGCAAUCCGCUGGUGUUGCCAUCUCCAAAUUGGUUUUGCCUAUCCUGCAGCCAAAGUUGAAUUCGCAUUUGAUUGUCAAACUGUAGCCGGAGUUGCACAGGGUCAAUUUGGUAGUUCACACAAUAGUGACCUCCUUUUGCCCAUUCGAGCGCUUCUGCACUGGCUUGAAGUUUCCACUUUGGAGCCUUUCAUUUGGACACAUUUGCGAGGACAUAGUGAUCAUCCUUGGAACGAAGCGGCUGACACGCUAUGUCAUCACGCCAGACGUUACGGUGCCACUGUCAAUGACAUGUUCUUGUACCAGCAACAAUGUACCUUUGACGAUCAGGAUUUGGUGCCUAUUCAGUGGCUUUGGAUGCUUGAGAAAUCCAUGCAGGGUGCCGAUUCUGCUCCUCCGUUGUAUGACUCACAUUGGCACUUCAAUAUUGCACAGACUCUGAAUUCGAUCCCGAGCGUUGCACAACAGCCCAUUGCUCGGCGACGAGAUGUACAACCAGAUGGUCCACGAAUCGUCAAGAACAUGAUCUUACAGAUUGCUACUGCAAACGUCUUGACUUUGUUUCCAGGACAAGAUCAUGCAUCCCAAUACAUGAGUGCAAGAGCUGAAGGUUUUGACAGUUGCUUUCAUGAACUCGGUAUUCAUUUUGUUGGUUUGCAAGAAACACGAAGUCGACAAGAGGGCCAUGUGAAGCUCCCACACUAUCAUGUCCUGUCCUCCCCAGCGACUCAGCGUGGCAUUGGAGGUGUUCAACUGUGGAUUCAACAUCAAGUUUGUCAUGGAGAUGUCACUCUCAAAGUUGAAACUUCUCAUCUCCACAUCCUUCAUGCUACGGCUCAACGCCUCAUUGUCAGGUUUGCAUGUGGUGGCUUACGGCUUAUUUUUGUUGUUCUUCAUGCACCAGUUGAUCAAGACGAAAGAGUUUUACAAGCCUUUUGGAAUGCAACCACCAAUGCCAUUCCAGCACAGUAUCGCUCGUGGCAUCUCUUUGUGUUAGCUGAUGCCAAUAGCAGGCUAGGCUCAGUUCAGUCUGAUGCGGUAGGUGACUGGCAGGCAGACGAAGAGAAUAUCAAAGGUCAACAUUUCCAUCAAUGGCUUUUGGAACAAUCACUGUUUUUGCCCCAGACCAUGCAAAACCAUCAUUUUGGCAAAGCCGACACCUGGACACAUGCGACAGGCACCAAAGCUCGAUUGGACUUCAUUGCAUGUCCACAAGAACUUGGCUCGGAAGCAAUUGAAACCUGGGUUGAAGAACGCAUCGAUCUUGCUAUUCAGCGAGAAGAUCAUGAUUGUGUUCGUGCUCAAGUUCCUAUUUCAUUUGCUUGUUUGUCUAAGACCCGCCAAUUUCGACAUUUGCUCAAAACUGAGAUUGUACGUCCCACUUGGCACACGGACGUCCAUUCACAUGCAGCAGCAUUGCAAAAUUGGCUUGGUCAAUGCCCCCGACCAGCCAUUGUGAUGCGCAAGCAGCACCUGACGCAAGAGACAGUGAAGCUGAUCCAAGCCAAGCGCCAUCACCGGCAUCGUCUUGCCAGACUUCGUCGACAUCGACGUGAUGCCUUGCUGAGAAGCAUUUUUCUGAGCUGGAGGGAUCACCAGGUUGUUCAUGACGAUUUCACCCCAUGGCUCCGAGAAUGUGAUCAACAAGAAGCCAAGCACCUCUGGGCGUUUCAAGACUUGGCACUGCGUGUUGUGACAGCAGUCAGGCAAGACGAUCGAGAAUUUUACGAGCAAUUAGCUGUCCAAGCAGGUCAGGAGUCGCAAAAGGGAUCAAGACAGUUAUGGCAGGCGAUUAAAUUCGUCUUACCCAGAAGCAGGGCCAAGCAGCGAUCGAAUCUUCGCUGUACGGGCCCGACGGUGCAAGACAAAGCCCAAAAUUACAAUCAGCUUGAGGCUGGACAGCCAGUGCCAUUCGAGCACUUGCUCUCUACAUGCUGGCAAGCACAACGUGAGAACAUUCAUGAAGCCUCGGGCAUCGAUGCAGUGCCACCAGCUGUUCUGCGAGAGCAUGGCCCAGCCUUGGCUUCAGAUAUCACAUCGCUCUUUCUCAAAAUGUGGACUACAGGUGCUGAGCCAUGGCAAUGGAAAGGCGGUUUGCUCCAUACAAUUGGGAAAAAGCAAAAGAGCCACCGUAUCGAAGACAUGCGUGGGAUAGCCUUGUUAGACGUGUUAGUGAAGAUGUCCCACGCGCUUCUGCGAGCUCAAUUGAUGCCCACACUUCUUCAAGCCAGGGCGCCGCUGCAAUUGGGCGGCUUCGCCAAACAGACGACCACUUUUGCCACCCAUUAUUUGCGUGCCCUUGAGCAGUGUGCAUCCAAGAAGGCUUUGUCCACUUGCAUCAUUUUCCUGGAUAUUCGUAGCGCCUUCCACUCAUUAAUACGUGAGACGGUAUUUGAUCUUGAUCUUCCAUUACCACCACGUUUAGUUGAAGUUUUGCGCUCAGCAGGAUGUGAUCCUCAAAUUGUGGCCGAACAAUGUGCCCAGCAGCGUAUUGGUGCGACAGUGACACCGGCUUUAGUCCGCUUGUUGAAGGACGCCCACACCCACACGUGGUACACGCUGGCUUCAUCCGAUGAGGUGCAUCAUACCCACCGUGGCAGUAGACCAGGAUCGCCUUUGGCUGAUGCGGCGUACAACGCCCUUAUGAUCGCUGUCAUGACCGACUUGCAAGCGAUCUUGGACAAUCAGCCUCAGCUUCGUGCUGCACAGGCGCAUCUAGGUAUGCCUUCUCCCAUCAUAGCUUGGAUUGAUGAUUUGGCCUUGCCUUUGAUUUUUUCACAUGCUCAUGAGGUUGCCACGGUGACGGAGGAAGUGAUGCAGAACGUGGAUCAGGUUUGCCGCUCAUAUGGGCUCAUUUUGAAUAUGAAACCCAAGAAGACAGAGGCAGUGGUUGCAUUUCGUGGCCCUGACGCCCCCAACAUGAGACGUGAUUGUUUUGGCAAUCGACAAGGUGUUCUAUGUGCCUCAUUGCCCGGUGGUAUCCUUAAAUGUGUGCCAUGUUAUGAGCACCUUGGCACCAUUUUCAUGGCAGAGGGCGCAAUCGAUGCAGAGGUAUCACACCGACUUGCUCGUGCCACCCAUGCGUACCACCAAGUGCGCAAACCUAUUUUGAUGAACCGGCACAUCGCCACUUCCACGAGAUUGAAGCUUUUUGAGGGACUUGUAUUGCCGGUUCUGUUUCACGGCAGUGGCAACUGGCCUCUGUUAUCACACAGAACCUUGCAGAAGGUCCAGGGCCUCUACAUGAAAUGGAUCCGUACCAUUUGUGCCAACGGAUUCUGGUCUGCAGAUAUGCUGUCGGACCAACAGCUCUUGAUGUAUUGGCAACUUCCACCCAUUACGUUGCGUCUGGCCAAAAUGCGUCUUUUGUACGCCUUUCAUUUUGUCCAAGAUUGCCCGCGAAUGAUUGUGGAUGUUGUCACGGCCACGCCUGAGCAUUCCUUAUCAUGGAUUCCAGCCCUGCGACAUGCGUUGGUUUGGUUGGCCCAGAUGGAUAGCACUCUUUUCAUGUGGGAUCCGCUACAUGCGACGGUGGAAGAGAUCUUUGCUUGGUUGGCAUGCCAUGUUGACAGUGGCCCUCGUCUUGUUCGACGGCUGUAUCAUCGUGCGCUUCACCAAGGUCGUGUGCUCCAUAAGGUUGUGCAAGCACAUUGGCGGCUACAACAACAUUUGCGCUACAGUCGACAGAAGCGCAAUGGAUGCUAUGAGCAAUUGACUUGGCGACGUGCACCAACAACUCAGAUACCAUUGAUUGAUGAGCUACCGGCCUCAGAUCGGUACCAUCGCCAACCAGUCAUGGUUGUGGCUACGGUGCCUACUCAUUCAGAAGUAACGAUGCUUUCUCGAGCUGAUGCUGAUCAAGCCUUUUUUCAAUGUUGGGACGCAGAAGGCCUUCCACGUGAUUUUGACUUGACACUUCUGACUUCGAUGAAAUCAGCAUUUGAUACUACGCUUCUGACUCAGCCGCUCCCCACUGUGAACGACGUUGACCAGAUUUUUUUCAACAUUUUGCAGACUGCAGAAGACGAGGCUUUGACCGCAGGGAAUGGAGCUCUUGGCGAAUGGGCUCUAUGUGUUUGGAUUCUGGAUUCUUUCUGGUGUUCACGUUUUCCUGCUCUUUCUGCUGAUGUAUUUCAACGUUUAGAUGGGGCUUUGCAGCAGUUCUUGGAAGAUUCUCACAUCGGAAGAUUGGUUUGCUGGCAACGUCGCAUGGACUCUGCAUUUUGCCCUCGCGAGUCCGAUUGCCCCCAGUCGACCUUACCCAAGGCUCUGGAACCAAUAUUUGAUCCUUGCGCUUUGCAAAACCAGCUUUUAGAGGGUGCUUUUGCUGGUGAUUUUGUUUUUCCCCUAGCUGGUCAAGUACCCUUGUGUAAAAUUAAUGAUUGUACAGUUAUCUUAAUUUUGCACUUGUUCAGCGGGCGACGCCGCAUUGGGGAUUGCCAUUGGUGGCUUCAUUGCUUAGCCGACAAGAUCUUUCCGGACUACCCGGUCGUGAUGAUCUCAGUGGACACCGCCAUUGACGAGGUCUAUGGUGACUUGUCCUCUGGUGCCAAUUUCGAUCAAAUCCUGCAGCUGGCUCACAAGGGUGCCGUGGCCGGGUCUCUCACUGGGCCCCCCUGCGAGACAUUCAGUGCCGCCAGAAAUUUGCAGAUGGAACAACAGCAGGGUCCGCGCCCUCUUCGGACUGCUGCGCAACCAUGGUGUCUGCAGGAUCGCACAGCGCGCGAGCUUCGCCAAUGCGACACAGGCUCCGAAUUAUUGAUGAACUCCUUUCAGUUCGAGGCCGAAGUGGUUUGUGCAGGUGGUGGAGCUAUCAUGGAACACCCCGCUGAACCUCAAGAUGAACACAAGGUUUCGGUCUGGCGUCUCGAGUGUCAUCGACAGUGGUGCAUGAAGCUCCCUGGUGCCUGCCAUCAUCGCAUUGAGCAAUGGCUCUACGGAGCCAGUGGCGUAAAGCCCACCAACCUUCGUGCCCUGAAUUUGGGGCCACCGAUCACAGUUGGGAAGGCGCUGAUUUCUGGCGCUGAGCCGUGGCGCGUGCGACCUCAACAAGGACUGAAGGGCAAAGGUGAGGACGGUAAAUUCCGUACCGCGCAGGCCAAAGAGUAUCCGAGCGCACUCUGUAGGAGCUUGGUGGUAGCACUUUUAAAAGGGCUACAAUAUCGCAUCCAUACAGAUGGAGUGCGUGAUCCUGUUACUCCAUCUGACAGUGAAUUGAGAUGGAUAGUACAGAUGCGUCACCAAUCAGAAGUCCUCGCCCAUGAUGUUUUCUUUCCGGAUUAUCAGAAGACCUAG